GGGACCAGUCUUCCCAGAUGCAGGAGACAGCGUCCCUAGUUUCAGCUCCAAGCAACUGGUGGUCACAAGUUAGCAUUUCAGAUGGCGGGGACCGCACGCCAUGACAGGGAGAUGGCGAUCCAGGCCAGAAAAAAGCUCACCACGGCCACCGACCCCAUUGAAAGGCUCCGGCUGCAGUGCCUGGCCAGGGGCUCUGCGGGCAUCAAAGGACUUGGCAGAGUGUUUCGAAUCAUGGAUGACAACAAUAACCGAAGUCUCGAUUUCAAAGAGUUUGUGAAGGGCUUGAACGACUACGCGGUGGUCAUGGAAGGCGGAGAGGCGGAGGAGCUCUUCCGGAGGUUCGACAGGGAUGGCAACGGCACCAUAGACUUCAAUGAAUUUCUUCUCACAUUGAGGCCUCCGAUGUCCAGAGCCAGAAAGGAGGUGACUAUGCAAGCUUUUAGAAAGCUGGACAAGACUGGGGAUGGUGUGAUAACAAUCGAAGACCUUCGUGGGGUGUACAAUGCGAAACACCAUCCAAAGUACCAGAAUGGAGAAUGGACUGAGGAACAAGUAUUCAGGAAAUUUCUGGAUAACUUCGAUUCGCCCUAUGACAAAGAUGGAUUGGUGACCCCCGAGGAGUUUAUGAACUACUAUGCAGGGGUGAGCGCGUCCAUCGACACCGAUGUGUAUUUCAUCGUCAUGAUGAGAACCGCCUGGAAUCUCUAA